AUGGCUCGGGGCGGGGCAGGGGCCGAGGAAGCCUCCCUGCGCUCCAACGCGCUGUCCUGGCUGGCCUGUGGGCUCCUGGCCCUGCUGGCCAACGCCUGGAUAAUCCUCAGCAUCUCCGCCAAGCAGCAGAAGCACAAGCCUCUGGAGCUGCUGCUCUGCUUCCUGGCGGGCACGCACAUACUCAUGGCGGCCGUGCCCCUCACCACCUUCGCCGUGGUGCAGCUCAGGCGCCAGGCAUCCUCCGACUAUGACUGGAACGAGAGCAUCUGCAAGGUCUUUGUGUCCACCUACUACACGCUGGCCCUGGCCACCUGCUUCACCGUCGCCUCCCUCUCCUACCACCGCAUGUGGAUGGUGCGUUGGCCCGUCAACUACCGCCUCAGCAAUGCCAAGAAGCAGGCGCUGCAUGCCGUCAUGGGCAUCUGGAUGGUCAGCUUCAUCCUCUCCACACUGCCCUCCAUUGGCUGGCACAACAACGGUGAGCGCUACUACGCCCGCGGCUGCCAGUUCAUAGUCUCCAAGAUUGGCCUCGGCUUUGGCGUCUGCUUCAGCCUCUUGCUACUUGGGGGCAUUGUCAUGGGGCUGGUCUGCGUGGCCAUUACCUUCUACCAGACGCUGUGGGCCAGGCCCCGGAGGGCACGGCAGGCCCGGAGAGCAGGGGUUGUUGGUGGGGCCAAGGGGAGCGGGCCAGGGGGCUUGGUGACGCGGCCAGCCUUUGAGGUGCCAGCCAUUGUGGUGGAAGAUGCCCAAGGGAAGCGGCGGUCCUCGCUGGAUGGCUCCGAAUCGGCCAAGACAUCCCUGCAGGUCACCAACUUGGUCAGCGCCAUCGUCUUUCUCUAUGACUCACUCACAGGGGUGCCCAUCUUGGUGGUGAGCUUCUUCUCGCUGAAGUCGGACUCGGCGCCGCCGUGGAUGGUGCUGGCCGUGCUGUGGUGCUCCAUGGCGCAGACGCUGCUGCUGCCCUCCUUCAUCUGGUCCUGCGAGCGCUACCGCGCCGACGUGCGCACCGUGUGGGAGCAGUGCGUGGCCAUCAUGUCCGAGGAGGACGGCGAGGACGAUGGGGGCUGCGAUGACUAUGCAGAUGGCCGGGUGUGCAAAGUCCGAUUUGACGCUAACGGGGCCACGGGACCAGGGGACCCCACCCAGGUGAAGUUGCUGCCUGGGAGGCACAUGCUCUUUCCCCCUCUUGAGAGGGUCCACUACUUACAGGUCCCUCUGUCCCGCCGUCUGUCCCACGACGAGACCAACAUCUUCUCUACUCCUCGGGCGCCGGGCUCCUUCCUGCACAAGUGGUCGUCCUCGGAUGACAUCCGGAUCCUCCCGGCCCACAGCCAUGCUCUGGGCGGCCCUCCCGGGUACCUGGGACAAAGACAGAGGCUGGAGGAUGAGGAGGACGAGGAGGAAGGCGGAGGGCUGGCCAGCCUGCGGCAGUUCCUGGAGGGCGGCCUUCUGGGGUCCGGCGGGGGACCUCCCCAGGGGCCGGGCUUCUUCCGGGAGGAGAUCACCACCUUCAUUGACGAGACACCUCUGCCUUCUCCGGCUGCCUCUCCGCCCUGGCCCAGGCCGCCAGGCCUCUCGCCCCGCCGCCUCUCCCUCGGGUCCCCGGAUAACAGAGCCAUUGGACUGCCUCUGGGGCUGAGUGCCGGGAGACGCUGCUCCCUGACAGGAGGUGAGGAGAGUGCAAGAGCUUGGGGAGGCUCCUGGGGUCCAGGGAACCCCAUCUUCCCCCAGCUGACCCUGUGA